UGUUUUAAACUCUAAACCCUACACUCCAAACAUCUGAGCUACCACCAAAAACAAAAAUGAGACCCUUUGGUUUGAUCUUUACGGUCAUGUUCUUGGUCUCAGCCUUUUCGGAAUCAAGAACCGCCGAUUGCAGAGUUCUCCUUGGUGGUUCAUGGGAGGAUAUAGGUCAAUCUAAGAAUCACGGAGUUGAUUUGCGAAGUAAAGAAUUGUUAGGGGUCGUGAUACGUGGUUAUAAAAGGCUACGAUCGCUCUCUUCAGCUGGAGAGAGGAUGCACACAAUGGCUUCAGGACCGAGCAGGAGAGGUGCUGGUCACUAAAAGACUGUUAACCCAUGCACUUACAUUAUGUCUAUAAAUCAAUAUUGCUUAGCUCAGGUUAUAGUAAAUAGUUUUCAGUUGUUAUAGGUUA